AUGUCACGAACCGGCACAACCGUAGAACGCAAAAUAUCGCACUACGACGUAUUACAAGUCCCUCAAAACGCCACUUUGGAAGAAAUUCGAAAAUCCUAUCAAGUCUUAGCUUUGCAGUAUCAUCCCGACAAAAGAAAAUGUAAACUACCGGAAGCACACGAAUCGGACCACUUCAUCCGUAUCGAUCAGGCUUGGAAAACGUUGCGGGAUGAUCGGUUGCGAAGAAUUUAUGAUGCCGAACUGAUGCAACAGACGGAAGAAUACUUCGUGAACGAAAUACUCACGGAUGCGGAUUUUGAACGUGACGAAGAGGGAAACUUUUGUUUCCACACGUGUCGUUGCGGUGGAUAUUAUAUUCUGCCGGAGGAAACCCCCGUUCACGAACCGAUUUACGUUUCAUGUGACGAAUGUUCUCUUGUGGUGCAGGUUAAUUUAGGGAGAAUGCACUAA